AUGUGAGGAGUUUUAGCUACACAGACUUUCAGGGAGGAAGAGCAGGUGGUAGCAGUUCCUUGGAAGAAAUGAGUAGUAUUUUCUAGUUCAAGACUAUGCUCAGUGUUCAUUUAAAACCAAAUUCAUCUAGAUGCAGAAAAGAAGGCCAGUAUGUAUCUACAGACAUAGUAGAAGAGACCCAUGUUCUUGCUGUUACUACAAUGGUCAACAAUAACGACAAAAACCACUUAAAGUUGGACAGACGUCUACUGCAACCAACUCUCAAAAAGUCUAGAACAGCGCACUACGCCCCGCCCAUUGGCGAGAAACGGAAAUACCCGCUUUCGAGAAAACCGGAAGUGCGUGGUCACGCCCCGCGCAUGCGUGCAUCGGGGCAGCUCACGCUUCCUAAAUCCUGUCAUCCAGUGAGAAAGCAGGGACUCUUCGGCCUAGGCAGCCGGGACCCAGCCAGCCCUGCGCCUCGCGCCGUCGCGCAUGCGUCCUGGUCUUUCUCUAGAGUUGUAUAUAUAGAACAUCCUGGAGUCCACCAUGAACGGACAGUUGGAUCUAAGUGGGAAGCUAAUCAUCAAAGCUCAACUUGGGGAGGAUAUUCGGCGAAUUCCUAUUCAUAAUGAAGAUAUUACUUAUGAUGAAUUAGUGCUAAUGAUGCAACGAGUUUUCAGAGGAAAACUUCUGAGUAAUGAUGAAGUAACAAUAAAGUAUAAAGAUGAAGAUGGAGAUCUUAUAACAAUUUUUGAUAGUUCUGACCUUUCCUUUGCAAUUCAGUGUAGUAGGAUACUGAAACUGACAUUAUUUGUUAAUGGCCAGCCAAGACCCCUUGAAUCAAGUCAGGUGAAAUAUCUCCGUCGAGAACUGAUAGAACUUCGAAAUAAAGUGAAUCGUUUAUUGGAUAGCUUGGAACCACCUGGAGAACCAGGACCUUCCACCAAUAUUCCUGAAAAUGAUACUGUGGAUGGUAGGGAAGAAAAGUCUGCUUCUGAUUCUUCUGGAAAACAGUCUACUCAGGUUAUGGCAGCAAGUAUGUCUGCUUUUGAUCCUUUAAAAAACCAAGAUGAAAUCAAUAAAAAUGUUAUGUCAGCGUUUGGCUUAACAGAUGAUCAGGUUUCAGGGCCACCCAGUGCUCCUGCAGAAGAUCGUUCAGGAACACCCGACAGCAUUGCUUCCUCCUCCUCAGCAGCUCACCCACCAGGCGUUCAGCCACAGCAGCCACCAUAUACAGGAGCUCAGACUCAAGCAGGUCAGAUUGAAGGUCAGAUGUACCAACAGUACCAGCAACAGGCCGGCUAUGGUGCACAGCAGCCGCAGGCUCCACCUCAGCAGCCUCAACAGUAUGGUAUUCAGUAUUCAGCAAGCUAUAGUCAGCAGACUGGACCCCAACAACCUCAGCAGUUCCAGGGAUAUGGCCAGCAACCAACUUCCCAGGCACCAGCUCCUGCCUUUUCUGGUCAGCCUCAACAACUGCCUGCUCAGCCACCACAGCAGUACCAGGCGAGCAAUUAUCCUGCACAAACUUACACUGCCCAAACUUCUCAGCCUACUAAUUAUACUGUGGCUCCUGCCUCUCAACCUGGAAUGGCUCCAAGCCAACCUGGGGCCUAUCAACCAAGACCAGGUUUUACUUCACUUCCUGGAAGUACCAUGACCCCUCCUCCAAGUGGGCCUAAUCCUUAUGCACGUAACCGUCCUCCCUUUGGUCAGGGCUAUACCCAACCUGGACCUGGUUAUCGAUAAGGAGGCUCCUCUACACCAAUUAAUGUAGCUGCUAGCUAUUGGCCUCCCAAAAGACUCCAGUACUAUUUUAAUUUGUAUUGAAGAAGUUCAGAAAUUUAAAAGCAGAGCAUUUUUUAUGAUAUCAUUGUUGCUGUUAAUUGAAAGUAUAAUUUGCUGGAACACAAAGACCAAAAUGAAAGUUUUUUCCUCCCUGCUUAAAAAUGUAGCAGCUUCUUAGUUACUUUGGAACACUACUCUUACAUGUAUAAAGUGAUUGACUUGACUUUCUAGCUUCCCUUGUCCGGAGGAUAUUAAAAUGCUAGGGUGAGGUUUAGCCAUCUUACUUGGCUUUUUACUAUUAACAUGAUGUACUAAAGUAGAGCCCUUUGAGAAUACAAGAUAUUAUGUAUAAAAUGUAACACUGAUAGGUUAAUAAAGAUGAUUGAAUCCA